AUGGCGGCUGGCGUGGAAUCCCAUGCUGUCAUUCCCAUUGAGGGCAUGCUGUUAGCCCUUUGCAUGCUCGUAGCGUCCGGCCGUCUCGUUCCACGACUUGUACUGCGACAGCAUCUUACUUUGAGCGACUGCCUGCUGAUCGCAUCAAUACUCGAUGCCAUUGGGCUUUUCGUCACCGAUACCCUGACAUAUGAAUUGGGUGGCAUGUCGGAAAAGGAGACGGCAGCACCAGACUCUCAGCUUAUUGCACUUAAGAAGGUACAAUUUGCCGGCAAUGCCUUUUACGACACUGGUAUCUACUGGCCAAAGCUAGCCAUUCUCGCGUUGUACUUUCGACUCAUCCCGCCAACAAUGCCCUGGCUACGAAAAGCAUUGUACGCAGUGGCGCUCUUCACGGGAAGCGCCAUGCUCGCAACCUUUUUUCUCGACACAUUCUGGUGCGGCCUUGAGGUUUCGGUGAACUGGUCUCUCGAGGAAGGCGCCUGCAACACCUUCAACUCGAAGGAGGUCUUCAGGAUCGACUGGAGCCUAAACCUUUUCUCCGACUUGCUGAUCUUUGCACUACCAUUUCCGCUUCUCCAUUCUCUCCAACUUCAACGUCGGCAGAUCUGGGGUCUCAUUGUGACGUUUUCCCUCGGAGCAGCCACAAUUGCCAUGAGCGUCGUUCGUUUUGCGACGAUCGAGGUCAUCUACGCGUGGACCAACGUUUUUGUGCUGUCCAUGGCCGAAUUGGCUAUUGCCAUUAUCGUGGUAUCGCUGCCAUCCAUGAGAUCCUUCCUCCGCCGGGGCUCCUUUUUUUCCUUGGGCAAAAAAUCACGCUCAUCAGAGUCGCGCACAACGUAUGGACAACGGACACCAGCGACGGGUUCGCAAGGUUACCUGCGUCCAUCCAGAAAAGGCAAACACACCGUCCGCAUCCAUAGCGAGGAAGACUCUGGAAGCGAAGUGGAGCUCAACAGUCUUGGGCGAAAGGAUGUCAUCUACGAAACACGGCGAAUUAGCGUACAGUUCUCGCGGUCGCAGGACGAAGACAGCGAAGCAGGACUUGGAAAUAAACCAAGCGAAUGGAUACUCCUCGCCUUUGCGUACUUGUUCGUUGCUGCACGCAUCUGGACGCGCGUGUUUAGAUUGCACCAGAGGCUCGACUGGUCCGACUACCUUCUCAUCGCGUCGGCACUCGUAGCCCUCGGCCUCAUCAUCUGCGACACGCUCACGUACGAGAUGGGCGUCAUGGACAACUACGAGACAUCUGUCAGACUGUCAAAGAUCUCGUUUGCUUCAAACUACUUUUACGAUGUCGGCAUGGGCUUCCCCAAGCUCAGCAUGCUGGCCUUUUACUGGGCGUUUUUCAAUCUCGCGGGCCACCCCGGCCUGCGCAAGAUGCUGUUCGCCAUCACCGGCUUCGUUGUCGCGUGCUACGUGACGAUUCUCUUUGACGACACCUUCUUCUGUGGCGUCCCCGUUUCCGUACAGUGGUCGCAGGAAGAAGGCGCAUGCUCUGUUUUCUGGGCCCCGGAACCUUUUAUCCUGAACUUCACCCUUAACCUCGCCUGCUACCUUGUUGUAUACGCCGUGCCCGUCGUGCUUUUGAUCAAGGGCGUGCUGAGAUCGUCGCCGGGUGUCGGACUGACCUUUGCACUUGGUGCUCUUACCAUUGCCUCAGGCAUCGUCCGCUUCGUUUCGCUCAAAGUUGGUACGGGCCAGGAAAACCUUGUUUACAUUCUCAGCAUGGUUGAAAUGGCCCUUUCAAUCAUCGUCGUUGCCCUGCCUGGGCUCAAGCCGCUGGUCAAGAAGGAAGAAAAGUACUAG